UAGUUGUUGUAUUAUUUACCAACUCAUGUGCUAAGUAGUAGUAAAUUAUUUAUGGUAACGUUUAUGCACAACUUCGUACAAUGUCAUUCAUUAGUAUCAUAGCUUUACGUAUGAUUACACCUAAAAACUCUCUGGUCAGAAAUAAAACGUUUUAUAAACAAGGAUUUGGUGAAAAAAUGUCGUGCAACAUGAGCAGUAAAAGUGUACAUUCCGCAGCAAUAACAGAAGUACAUAUGGUACCCAUGAGUGUCAUACAUAGACCAAUUCCUCCGGUGUUGGACGAAGAAAAGGUUCAAUCUCUCAUGAAUACUAUAAAGAAUGAAGUCACAGAAGACGAUGUCCCACCAAUAGAUGUGCUCUGGAUUAAGGGUUCUGAGGGUGGUGAUUAUUUUUACAGCUUUGGGGGUUGUCAUCGGUACGAAGCCUACAAGCGGUUGAAACGUGAUACUAUAAAGGCUAAAUUAGUUCAAUCGACACUGCAAGACUUAUAUCACUAUAUGGGUUCCAGCACUCCCAAGGAUCUUAAAUGAAUUUGUAACCAUACCGCCAUUUAUUAAACUGAUAUUUUUUGUUGUAGUAAUGCAGUACUAAAUUUGUAAAUAGUAAUAAUCAUUUUAAAGUGUAUAAAUGUCUUCGGAUUUUAUUUGUAUGUUUACAUUACUACAAACAGUGGAUUUUUCCAACUGAGCCACUUGUUAAUUUUUUAGUUUAGGGUGUUUAACCCCCAUUGUACAAAAAUUAAUACCAAUUACCAAAUAAACGGUGCUUUUUCACGUAA